AUGCUUGACACCGUUGUGCGUUACACUAUAUUGAUUUUAAUGUCAGCUGGUGCUGAUGCUGAUAUCCCUGAUAAAAGUGGUGUUACUCCUCUCCAUCUGGCUGCUGAAAUUGGCAACAGUCAAAUCUGUAUUCGUUUGCUUGAAGAGGGUAGGGCUCAGGUUAACGCAUGUGACCAGUACGGAGCAACUCCCCUCCAGUACGUUGCUUAUCAGGGUCAUAAAAAUAUAGCAAAAAUUCUUUUCUCCCACGGCGGUUUUUCAGGCGAUUGUGUCGCAAAACAAAACAGAAUGUCAUUUGUCAAGCACGACAGUGCAUCAUCUGAAAGAGAACUGCAACCACUAGCACACGUCCAUAGAGACAUAAGCGGCAUAACUUCAAGCAAUGGUGAACACUUUGACACUAAAAAAGAAGAAUUUGCAAAAUUAGAGCAUCUUGAGAAUGUGGAGCCUGCUGAAAGCGAAGGGAGUAAAGAACUGCUUUUGAGUGAAGAGGCAUCUCUCAGUUUGAUGCUUCUUCAAUUAAGUGGAACAGAAGUUUUAGGGUGCGUAAAGCGAAUCGCAGAAGUCGAAAGAAUCGAACAAGACAUCGGUCGUUAUAUCGAAGUUGCUCUGCAAGGCAUGAUACAAGCAGAACCGAGGUUUAGUUACUCCCUGCUAAAAUCUGGAAGCACUUCGGAAAAAACCAAAGUUGGUGAGCCUGAUGAGAUUGACUACGAUUGUUCCCCCUCAAGAAGGCUGUUCCCUAUAUCACGUCAUUCCAAAAGUUUCUCCGUUUCUACAAAAUAA